GCUAAGGGAACAUGAGAACGACUUCGGUUUCCAUCAUAAUUUUUCUUUUGUGCCUCUUCCUCAGCACAGUCUCCUCCAAUUCAACCUUUGUAGCCAUGAAACUUCAUCUUUCUUAACGCAGCUUCGCUUCUUCAUGUGGGUCUCACCGGGUUCUUCUUCUUCCAUGGAGGUGGAUGCAGGGCAAGUUAAUGACCUUAUGAAUUGUAUUGAUGAGCAAGCAGAUGAAGAAUCACUUUCUCCAGAAAGUCCUGAUGUUUAUGAUGUUUUUGGUGAUCCAGACAUAUUUCCUAGGGUGGGUGAGCAGUACCAAGUUGAAAUUCCAUCUUUAAUUACAGAAUCUGACGAUUACUGGUUUCAAAGGAAUCCACAUAAGGCAGAAAGCACUGCUAGUGCUCUCCAUAAGUUUCGAGUAGGAUUACCCAUACCAAUAACUUGGAUUAAGGAUGAAGUAGAGUACAAUAAGAAGAAUCCACUGGAAGAUGCAUCCAAGUCAAUUGGAGUUGCCAAUAAACUUGAAUCUUCAAAACUAGAAUGUAACAAAGAGAUCCAGAAUGGUCUGGACUAUGAUAAACCGAAUCCUAAACUUGAGGCCAUUGACAAUACGUUGGUCAAUAGAAUAGAAUUGGGAGGAUCAGAAAAUUCCAAUGUGCAGCAUGAAACAAAGAUUAGGAUGCAUGAGGAGCAUAAAGGCCGUUGUCUGGUUCCUGGGUCUGCAAGUGGCACCUGGAAUGAAAUUGAAGAGGCCAGUUUCAUCCUUGGCUUGUAUAUAUUCGGGAAGAACCUUGUUCAAGUGAAAAGAUUUGUUGGCAAUAAGAAGACGGGGGAUAUACUGUCAUUCUAUUAUGGGAAAUUUUAUAAGUCAGACAAAUACAAAAGAUGGUCUGGAUGUAGGAAAAUGAGAAGCAGAAAAUGCAUUUAUGGGCAAAAAAUAUUCACAGGACCAAGGCAACAAGAGCUUUUGUCUCGUUUACUGCCCAAUAUAUCAGAGGAAUGCCACAAUAAAUUACUUGAGGUGUCCAAGACAUUUGCAGAGGGGAAAAUGCCUCUAGAAGAUUAUGUUUUAGCUUUAAAGGCCUCAGUUGGGCUGAAAGCUCUUGUUGAGGGAGUAGGAGUUGGUAAAGGGAAAGAAGAUCUUACAGGUCUGAGUGUAGAUUCUACGAAGUCCAAUCACGCACAUCCUCUUCGCCCAGAAAUGCCAGUUGGCAAAGCAUGCUCAAUGCUUACACCAGCAGAAAUAAUAAGCUUUCUGACAGGUGAUUUCAGACUAAGUAAAGCUCGAACAAGUGAUCUCUUUUGGGAAGCUGUUUGGCCUCGUUUACUUGCCAGAGGUUGGCACUCUGAGCAGCCGGGUAGUUAUAAUUAUGCUGUUGCUUCUAAGCAUCCUCUGGUGUUCCUUGUCCCUGGAGUUAAAAAGUUUUCAAGGAAACUAGUUAAGGGGAAUCACUACUUUGAUUCCGUUAGUGAUGUCCUGGGUAAAGUUGCUUCAGAUCCUGAGCUAAUUGAGCUUGAGACAGUUGCAGAUAAUGAUUGCACAAGCAAGGAAGGAAAUGGGUGGACAAAAGAGACAAAACUGGCCCGGGAAAAUUCCCCUGAUCAGCCACGCCAUUGCUAUCUCAAGGUCAAAACUCCAAAUCGCAGUACAGAUGUUAUGAAAUUUACUGUUGUGGACACAAGUCUGGCCAGUGAAAAGAUGAAAAAGGUGAGAGAACUUAGAAGCUUACCAUUUGGAGUCUUAAGAGCAUCUUCUUUUGAAAAUGAUUCGGAUGAUGAGACUACUUCAGAGGAGCAAAGAAAUGAAUCUGAGUCUGUGAACACCAUAUGCUUUGAUAGCGGGAAGAAUGAUAUUACUAAUGCCAGUGAAGUUAACAUUGGCAAGGGUGUCUCUUCAGACUUGAAUGGUUUAGGAAACAACCCUUCAAAAGAGGAGCUUCCAAGGAGCAGCAUGUGUUCUACUAGUCUAUCUGCUGCCUGCAAGGACCAGGAGACAGACUUCUUGAGGAGAAGAGAUGGUAUGAAUGUUCAAUCACUCCAGAGAAUGGUAUCUGAUAACAAAAAUGAUCUAGUUCCUGUUACAAAAAGACGGAGGAGAUUAACUGCCUGUAGCCGUGCAAAGAAAAACAGCAACACUUCUAAUUUCUUUGUGGUUCCCAGGGUAAAACAAGAGGAGGCCAGUUUCUUUCUGGACCUAGAUAAUUCAAAAUCCAGUGAGAAUGUAAUUGAUAACUUUGUGGCUCCCGGAGUGAAACAAGAGAAGGCCAGUUACUAUCCUUGCAAUUCGAAAUAUUGUGAGAUUCUUUCACCCCAGAAGAAUAACUCGUUAUCUGGUUUUCCAACCCAGGAGAACAAGACGUUAGCUGAUCCUCUGUCAAAUCACAGCUCAAUCAUCAGUGGAGAAGCUCUUCCUGACACUAGUUCUUCGGGCAGUAAGGAUCAACAUGAGAAACCUCAGCCACGGACUAUGAUUGACCUUAACUUACCUGUUUCACCAGAGGUUGAAGCUGAUGAACCAAUGGUAAAUGAAGUGACUGAGAUACAGCAAAAUAACACAAGCAAGGAAUCAGAUGAGCUCCAUGUAGGAACAAACAUCACAACUGUUGAUCACUCUGACCAUCAGCCUGACAUGCACACCCGAAGGCAGAGCACAAGAAACCGGCCACCCACAACAAAAGUGCUGGAGGCUUUUGCUUUUGGAUAUCUAGACAGAAAGGAGAAGCGCAGAAGUAGAGAUUAUCCCCAAGACAGUUCAGUAUCAAGACCUUCUCGGCGUGUGUAUCGCAAAGUGGAAGGUUCUAGAAGUGGGAAUGGUAAUGGUGCAGGUUCUAGUAGUGGAGGUGCAGGUUUUGAAAAAGAGGAAACAACAAAUGAUGUUAGUAAUGGUAAUGGUAAUGGUAGCAGUAACAGUAAUGUGACAUAUACAGGCUUCAAGUGUAAUGAAGGAUAGAAGGAACCAAGUUUUCAAUUUAAAUUCUGGACUCAGGAUGAGAAUGAUACUUCUUUGAAUCUAUGCUGGGAAAGAUGAGAUAGCUGCGUAAGACAUGAACAAGAUAGCAGCACAUUCAUUCAUUGAACUAAUACAGCAUAUACAGGAUGGUUAGAUUAGAUACAAACUUCGAAGAAAGGUUAUAGCUUAAAGCCUUAAAAUCUUUCCAAGGGAAUGUAGAGUAUCAACCAGAGAAAUCUUUCUUGUCUUGUCUUCUCAGCUUCUAGUCUUCUGGAGUUGAAGUUUUAUGCUUUUCUGAUUUCUUAGUUGCAGUGCCAUGCCAGCCUCCAAUCUCAAACAAGGUUUCAAAGACUUCCUGCUGCCCCCCCUUAUUGAUCAAGUGAUUUGUCAAUGCUGCCCAGUUAUGAAUAGAAUAAACAGAAAGCCUAUGCACAUUAUGACGGUAGUUUUCUUUUUUGUCAUCAUAAUUAGAUGUUUUUAACAUCGUCAAUUCUGUCACAUGAUGACAGAGUAAAGGAAAACGGAGCAGUUAUAGUAGGCUUUUCCCCUGCUUGGGUGUGUCCUCCUGAGUGAUGACUCCAA